GAUUCCAUAGCGAGCCCCAGGAAGGACAACAGUCGCAUGAAGAGCUACAAAAACAAAGCUCUAAAUCCAGAAGAGAUGCGGAGAAGGCGUGAGGAAGAGGGAAUUCAGCUCCGAAAGCAGAAACGUGAACAACAGCUCUUUAAGCGCCGCAAUGUGGAAAUGUUUUCUGAAGACCCAUCCAUGUUUGAUAGUCCAUUAAUGGAUCCCUAUGUUAGCUCAACCAAUGUUGGGGAUGGUGUUAUUACCCGUGAGAUGGUUGGGUUGCUGCUUUCUGAUGAUCCUGAUCUGCAGUUGGCCACAACACAAAAAUUUCGAAAGCUGCUAUCUAAAGAGCCAAACCCCCCAAUAGAUGAAGUGAUCAACGCUCCUGGAGUGGUAGAGCGGUUUGUAGAUUUCCUUAAAAAAAGUGACAACUACACACUACAGUUUGAAGCUGCCUGGGCCCUGACUAACAUUGCAUCUGGCACUUCACAACAAACCAAGAUAGUGAUAGAAGCAGGAGCUGUGCCAAUCUUUAUCCAGCUGCUAAACUCUGAAUAUGAAGAUGUGCAGGAACAGGCUGUGUGGGCACUAGGGAACAUUGCAGGUGACAGUUCUGUGUGCCGAGACUAUGUGCUUAGCUGUGACAUCCUUCCUCCUCUACUUAAUCUGCUGACCAAGUCAACUCGCCUUACCAUGACAAGAAAUGCUGUCUGGGCCUUGUCUAACCUAUGCAGAGGGAAGAACCCACCUCCAGAUUUUGAUAAGGUGUCCCAGUGUCUUCCGGUGCUCUCCCGUCUCCUGUUUAGUAGUGACUCUGAUCUGUUGGCAGAUGCUUGCUGGGCACUUUCCUAUCUUUCUGAUGGUCCCAAUGAGAAGAUCCAGGCAGUCAUUGACUCAGGAGUCUGUCGAAGGCUCGUAGAACUUUUAAUGUUACAAACUUCCAGUGUUUCCUUGGUAGCAAUGGAUAACCUUAAAACCCAAAUUACUCAUUACUUCUGCUGGCACAACGAUUACAAGGUGGCAUCACCUGCACUGAGAGCUGUAGGAAAUAUUGUUACAGGAGAUGACAUCCAGACACAGGUUAUCUUAAACUGCUCAGCCCUGCCUUGUCUCCUGCAUCUACUAAGUAGUCCUAAGGAAUCUAUUCGUAAAGAGGCCUGCUGGACCAUUUCUAAUAUCACGGCUGGAAACAGAGCUCAAAUACAGGCUGUUGCAGAUGCCAAUAUAUUUCCAGUGUUAAUUGAAAUUUUACAAAAGGCCGAGUUUCGAACUCGUAAAGAAGCUGCAUGGGCAAUCACAAAUGCCACAUCUGGAGGCACUGCAGAACAGAUUAGGUACCUGGUAAACCUGGGCUGCAUUAAACCACUCUGUGACCUCCUUACUGUCAUGGAUUCUAAAAUCGUGCAAGUUGCCCUAAAUGGUCUGGAAAAUAUCCUGCGACUUGGGGAUCAAGAGGCAAAACAGGGAGGAAAUGGUGGCAUAAACCCAUAUUGCGGGCUUAUUGAAGAAGCAUAUGGUUUAGAUAAAAUAGAGUUUCUGCAGAGCCAUGAAAAUCAGGAAAUUUACCAGAAAGCUUUUGAAUUGAUAGAACAUUACUUUGGUGUAGAAGAUGAUGAUCCUCAGUUGGUUCCAUCUGUGGAUGAAGCUCCACAACAGUUCAUCUUUCAGCAAACAGAGGCUCCUAUGGAGGGAUUCCAGCUAUAA